AUGGCCAAGCCAAACCCCUCCGCCCCCAACAUUCCCUGGUUCCCUGGCUCUGUGACAUCACAGCCUCCUCUCUGCUCUGCCGGCUUCAGAGGCGGGUACCUGGAGUGCAAGCAACAUCGCACCCUCCCCCCGCCCAGCCAGCAUCAUCAACUCGACAUCAUCAUCAACAUCAGCAUUUACGUUUACGGAGCUUUUACAAUGUACCAGGCAGCAGCCCACCAAAGCCUGGCCUCGAAGAUCUUCUGUUUAUGCUGCAGAGACUGUGAAGAGCCCUGUGCCAUGGAUGACUCCAAGGUCCCCAGUCAAACCCAAGAGCCUCAGCCAUCGACCUGCAGCUUGCAGAAGGAGGAGGUGGCCAGCAAGAAUUCCACUGUAGAUGCUAACGAAGCCUCCCGCUUACCUUUGGGACAACCUCUGAUCCACCCAGAAAAGAGAGCCUCCUCCACCAGCAACAAUGAGUAUGAAGAACUGAACACACAUGUGUGCCCAAGAGGCUUUUACAAGAGCAACCUAAACCGCUACUCUCAGGAUCACUGUCCAUUCCAGCCGUGCCACACUGGGAGACCCUGAGCAUUCUAGUCCACAGCUCCCAGGCAGGCCUCCAGGACUGCACGCUGCUGGAGGGGCUCCAGGAGGAAGGGGGUGGUGAGCAGGGGCCAUGAAGACAGAUUCAGAAACUCCCGCAGAGGAGGAGAAGACGUCUGAGCCACCUCUGUGCCACCAGCA